AGGGCGGGGCUCGGGCGGUGGGGAACGGCCGCGGUGGCGUCGGCGGCGGCCUGCGGGAGUCACCGGGCGCGGAGUGCGGAGGGAUACGGCGGCGUGGCGGAGAGCCAGUGAGAGGGCGGAAGAGGCGAAGAAGCGGGACGCGGAGCUGACCGGCGGCCCGGCACCAUGGCCUCGGAGCUGGAGAGCCUCAACCCCAGCGCGCGCAUCAUGACCUUCCGUCCCACCAUGGAGCAGUUCCGGGACUUCAGCCGCUACAUCGCUUACGUGGAGGCGCAGGGAGCGCACCGCGCCGGGCUGGCCAAGAUCGUGCCCCCUAAGGAGUGGAAGCCGCGGAAGUGCUACGACGACAUUGACGAGCUGGUGAUCCCCGCGCCCAUCCAGCAGGUGGUGACCGGGCAGUCCGGGCUCUUCACGCAGUACAACAUCCAGAAGAAGGCCAUGACGGUGCGCGAGUUCCGCCGGAUCGCCAACAGCGACAAGUACUGCACACCCCGCUACACAGACUUCGAAGACCUUGAACGAAAGUACUGGAAGAACCUUACGUUCAAUGCCCCCAUCUAUGGUGCUGAUGUUAAUGGCACGCUUUAUGACAAGCACGUGGAUGCGUGGAAUAUUGGCAGAUUGAACACGAUCCUGGAUGUUGUGGAGAAUGAGAGCGGCAUAACCAUUGAAGGAGUGAAUACUCCUUACCUCUAUUUUGGCAUGUGGAAAACUUCAUUUGCUUGGCAUACUGAGGACAUGGAUCUCUACAGUAUUAAUUACCUGCAUUUUGGGGAGCCUAAGUCAUGGUACUCUAUCCCUCCAGAGCAUGGCAAGCGACUGGAGAGACUUGCCAAAGGAUUCUUUCCGGGAAGCGCCCAGAGCUGCGAAGCGUUUCUCCGUCACAAGAUGACCUUGAUCUCUCCAUCAAUUCUGAAGAAAUAUGGCAUCCCAUUUGAUAAGGUGACGCAGGAGGCAGGAGAGUUCAUGAUAACUUUUCCUUAUAGUUAUCAUGCUGGCUUUAAUCAUGGAUUUAACUGUGCUGAAUCCACCAACUUUGCCACUCUUCGGUGGAUUGAGUAUGGGAAGCAGUCUGUACUGUGCUCGUGUCGGAAGGACAUGGUGAAGAUCUCCAUGGAUGUGUUUGUGAGGAAGUACCAGCCAGACCGUUACAAGCUUUGGAAAGCUGGGAAGGAUGUGACUGUCAUUGACCAUGCUCUUCCAACACCAGAAGCAGCUGAGUUCCUUAAAGGGGAUCUCAUGCAAAAGGUCAAGAGUGGGAGGCAAUAUGCUGAGGAUAUGGAAACAGGAGAAGCAUGUAAAGAGGAAGUGGACGGGGAUGAGACAAAAAGUGUGCCCAAGCAUCGCAUAGGAACAAAAAGGCACAGAGUGUGCCUGGAAGUACCUCAGGAAGUGAGUGAGAGUGAGGCCUUCCCCAAAGAGGAGCUGAGCUCUAUGCAGGAUGAAGAAGAUGCUGCAGAACCCUGUGAGAGAGCUACGGGAGAAGUUACGCAGCAGAGUGAACAGGGGCACAAGGUUCCAGAUCGUGUGGGCAUGGCUAAAUCUGAAGAACUGAAAGUGGUGAAGCUUGAGGAGGAAGAAGAGGAAGAGCAAGAGGCCGCCGUGUUGGAUCUUUCCAUUUCGCAUGCUUCAAAUUCUGCUUCAGUUUUGCCAACCUCAAAGCAGAGAGCACCUUCCAGUGUUCAGCCCAGCUCACCAGCAUAUUCUGGGUCUUCAGACUCUGAGUCAACUGAUCUGUUGCCAAAAAGAACUCUACCUGGGCCAGCCGGGGUGCUUACAGUCCAUAGCUAUGCUAGAGGGGACGCCAGCGGAUCUGACAAUGAAACUUCAGGAAAGAAAGCCAGUGCUACAGGCAGCGUGAAUGAACAAGAACUGGCAGAGGUAACAAAGGAGUACAUACAAUCAAUGAAGGAAAGUAAGAAGUCCAAGGGUCGUCGCCAGCCGUUGAGUAAGCUCCCACGUCACCACCCACUCUUGGUUAAAGACUGCAUUAGUGAUGAUGAGGCAUCAGAGCAACUAACUCCUGAAGAAGAAGCUGAGGAGACAGAAGCUUGGGCCAAGCCACUUAGCCAGCUCUGGCAGAAUCGACCACCAAAUUUUGAGGCUGAAAAAGAGUAUAAUCGGACCAUGGCUCAGCAGUCUCCUUACUGUGCUGUUUGCAUGCUCUUCCAGACGUAUCAGGCAGAGUGUGGAGGCAGCAGUCAGAACUCUGGAGGAACUCCGGGUGCCGCGGAUGGGAAGAUCCGAACCAAGCCCCUGAUUCCUGAAAUGUGCUUUACUACAACUGGCUGCAGCACUGAUCUCAAUCUUUCAACCCCUUACUUGGAGGAAGAUGGAACCAGCGUACUCAUCACCUGCAGGAACUGCCAAGUCUGUGUUCAUGCAAGUUGUUACGGUGUAUCCCCUGACAAGGCCACUGAAGACUGGAUGUGCUCCAGGUGUACAGAAAAUGCCUUAGAAGAGGACUGCUGUUUGUGUUCAUUACGAGGAGGAGCACUGCAGAGAGCCAACGAUGACAAGUGGGUUCACGUCAUGUGUGCUGUAGGUGUACUGGAAGCAAAAUUUGUGAACAUUGCAGAACGCAGCCCUGUGGAUGUCAGCAAGAUCCCCCUGCAACGCUUCAGACUGAAAUGCAUCUUCUGCAAAAAACGAAGGAAGAGAAUCGCAGGUUGCUGUGUUCAGUGCUCCCAUGGUCGGUGUCCCACGUCCUUCCAUGUCAGCUGUGCCCAAGCAGCAGGAGUUAUGAUGCAGCCUGAUGACUGGCCAUUUGUUGUCUUCAUUACCUGCUUCAGGCAUAAGAUCCCAUCUCAGGCAGAGCGAGCUAAGGCUGCACUCCAAGAUCUGUCACCUGGGCAGAUAGUCAUCAGCAAGCACAAGAAUGGUCGCUUCUAUCAGUGUGAAGUGGUCAGCCUCGCAAAAGAGACUUUCUACGAGGUCAACUUUGAUGAUGGUUCCUUCAGUGAUAACCUGUAUCCAGAGGACAUUGUGAGUCGAGACUGUCUUCAGUUGGGUCCACCAGCUGAAGGUGAAGUUGUGCAGGUGAGAUGGACAGAUGGACAGGUUUACGGAGCCAAGUUCGUUGCAUCACAUGCCAUCCAGAUGUACCAGGUGGAAUUUGAGGAUGGGUCACAGCUGAUGGUGAAAAGGGAUGAUGUGUACACUUUGGAAGAGGAGCUUCCUAAGAGAGUCAAGUCAAGGCUGUCAAUAGCUUCAGAUAUGCGCUUCACAGAGAUCUUCGCAGAGAAGGAGGUCAGGCAAGAGAGGAAGAGACAAAGAGUGAUCAAUUCACGCUACCGGGAAGAUUACAUUGAACCUGCCUUGUACCGGGCCAUCAUGGAGUAAGCACUGCCUGUGGCAGAGGAAGAAGAUGCCCACCUCCCCCUAGGAUUUAAACGCUCCAGUACAUCAGGCCAUAUUUGGAUGCUUCCAAAUCCAGGGUUUUUUUUGUUUUGUUUUGUUUUUUAAAAGAAGUUAUAAAGCUGAUGCUCUGCAGUAGCUGAAAGGCAGCUGUUGGAUAGUGAAACAGAUCCCAUUUGCUGAAGCUGUUGCCUGCGGCCUCCUGGUCUGAAGUUGGGUCUUUACUGAAUAAGCCAGCUUGGGAGGGUGCUGCUUUCAUCUCGUUGAGCCAUCUUGCUUUUCUUUUAAAGACUAUUUUGACAGGUGGAAAACUCUUCUGGGAGUUGUAGCCAGGAAUCUCGGCAGCUGCAGAAUAGUACAGAGUUUGUUUUAAUCGAAUAAUGUUCCUGAUUUUGAGAGUCUCCCUGGUGGCUACACCUGGGCUUGAGCAGGCAGUAUUACUGGUGCUUGAUAUUGAACCUCUUUUUAUAUUUAUAUCCUUUUUUUUGUUGUUGUUGGUUUUUUUUUUUGUAAGCAGCUUCAGACUCUUUGUUUCUCAGCACCUUCUUUCUGAUGGUUGAGCUGUAGGCUGUUCAGAUCCAAGCAGACAGGAGGUGCUCGUGUGAACAGGUGAAAUGUGAAACUGAACCUAUUGGACAGAUUAUUUAACCAUUUAAUAUUUUUGUUCCAAUGCUCGUUUUGAUUUAAUUACUCUUAACUACAUGUGCCUCAGUAUAAAAAAAAAAAAGAAAAAGAGAAAGAAAAUCUGUCUGGAGCCCUGCACAGUGCAGCCUUCUAACAAGAUUAAGCAUUUACCUCCCAAUUGGUAUUCAGCACCCAAGAGUUUCUUCUGAGUUUCUUCCCACUCCAACUAAUGCAAUAAUGAACAAAGGGAUGGAGUUCUAACUCUUCCCCUUUGAAAUCCAAGCAUCACAGUAUUGAGUAUGACAAGGCAGCGGCACCUGAAGGAGUGCUGUACCUCUUCUGUGGCAGCACUGCCCUUUGUGUAGCCCCAAGACGUUGGGUUUGUGACAGAUCAAGCAUGCACUGAACUGUAUUACUGAGGAGCUGUGCAGUGCUCUUCUCAAGGAGGAGUGCUGCCACAUUACUGUCUAGCAAGGGUUACCACAGCGUGUUUAUAAAGCCUAAGUUGGGCACGUCUCAGUUGUGUUGGUGAGUACUUGCUACCUCAGCAGUAGGAACGUGAAUAAAGCUGGGUGGUAAGUGCACCUUGAAGGUGUGCCAGCUUGCUCCGAGCAAUCUAAGCAUUAACACGCCACACAGGAGCCAUGUAAAUAUUUGUUCCUUUCCCAUUCUGUAGGAAAGGGAUUUGGGGCUGUGGAGCAGAUAGGCCACCUUCCUUUUUGCAUAGGAUGACGGGAUGACUUUUCUGCUGAAGAAAAAUACAGUGACGUUCUCCAGAAGUAGCUCAAGAGGAGAAUUUUCUAGUGAAACAGACCUAAUGCAUCCCUGCUUCUAUAGGGACAUAGCAGUGUGUCUGCAAAAACUGGGUUUGUAACUUUUUUUUCCUUUUCUUACAUAGGAACGCUAUAAACCAAACUGUUCUGAAAUCCUGGUGCGUCAGUCUGUGAUUAGCAAUAAAAUGUAGUCUUGUGUAGUGAUACAGCUCUUGACCAGAAAAGAAAUAAACUACAACUUUUAUAAGGAAAA